ACAGGUAUCUAUCAGGGAGCGGGCGCGUGAGUUCAGUAUGAGAGUUGACAACAAGUGGUCUUCCGCCCAGAACUGUUUCACAGCGUCGAGGAGCGGCUCACUUUGGGAACAGCGUCUCCGCAGCGAAGUAGUGACUCACACAAACUGGCUUUGAUUUAAGAGCAGUAAGGCUGUUCCUGCGUUGCGGUCAUUUUCGUCCUACUUUCGUCGUGAGUUAAUUAGUUGAUUCGCAUCACCCGGUUGAUUCUGCGGGGAACCCUGGCCGCAAGUCGCCAGGUGGACGGCGACAAGAAGGCUGCUGUGCGACAAGUCUCAAACCUCUCAGUAAGUCGUGUCAACUUUUCUAGAACUGUCCCAACAUGUACAGCAUGAUGGAACACGAGCUGAAGCCCACCGGCCAGCCCCCGUCUCACCAGACCUCCCAGGGAAUGUCACCGGUCACCGGCAACAUGACCGGGGGCAUGGGCGGCAAUGGCAACUCUCACCCGGGCUCUAAAACUGCUUGCGCACCCGGAGUCGACCCCAUGGAUAAAGUCAAGCGGCCCAUGAACGCCUUCAUGGUGUGGUCCAGGGGCCAGAGGCGCAAGAUGGCCCAAGAAAACCCCAAAAUGCACAACUCCGAGAUCAGCAAGCGGCUUGGAGCCGAGUGGAAGCUGCUGACCGACGCCGAGAAGCGGCCCUUCAUCGACGAGGCCAAGCGGCUGCGGGCGGUCCACAUGAAGGAGUACCCCGACUACAAGUACAAGCCACGCCGCAAGACCAAGCCCAUGCUCAAGAAGGACAACCAGGUGGGCAAGUACCCGCUGUCUGCCGGUAGCCUGCUGGCGGCGGCGCAAGGCCAAGGGGGCAGCCCGAGGAUGGACAGCUACGGCUGGGGCCCCACCGGAGGGUACGCCGGCAUGCAGAGCGAGGCGCUCGGCUACACGCAGCAGCUGCACCGGUACGACCUGUCCGCUCUCCAGUACCCCCCCUCGAUGUCGGCAGCGCAGAGCUACAUGAACGGAGGGAACUCGUACAGCCCCAUGUCCUACAGCAGCAGUCCCCAGCAGCCGAGCCCCGUCACCAUGUCCAUGGUGAAAGCAGAACCGGGGCCCCACUCUCCCACGACGGGGACGCCCAACCACCACCGAGGCCCUUUGCAGGGUGACCUCAGGGACAUGAUCAGUAUGUACAUCCCUGGACCUGGGGGGGAUGGGGGGGACCCCACGGGUGCACAGAGGGGCUACACCAGCGUCCAGCAGCACUACCUCUCUGGAACCGUCCCGCUCACACACAUCUAGGACUUGUAGUGGGAGUCUGAGAGGGGGGGGGGGGCGGCGGCGGCGGCGAAGUGAGUGAGAGGAAAUGCUUACGGUGCACAGCUGGCUGUACAGGAGAGACUUUAGACGGCCACGAUACGUGAAGGAAAAGCAGAGAAGAGACUUCAUUUGAAAAGCAGUUUUUUUUUCUUCUUUUUUCUACCUCUUUGGUGCCCCACUAGUCAAAAUACACGCCCCACACACCCGGCACAUGUACAGCGUGGAGACUCCUCGCGGCCCCCUAGGCCUCCAGCAGACUUCUCUCCACGAAGGACUGCAAUGAAGACUGAGCCAGAGUCUGUUUAUUGUGUAAAUAUAAGAAUGUUCUGUCUUCUCUCGUCUUUUUUUUAUAUUCUAGAAACUUAUCAAUAAGUCAAAAGACUGCUUUUUAAACACCACUUUAAAACCCUUGUGACAGUGGCACUCAUGACCAUUUCACCGUACAGAGUCAGUGGCGGGGUAGUGGGCUUUGGUCUUCCAUGGAGCCGCUUGGCAGAGACUAAAGAGCCCAGUUGGUGGACCGCUCAGCUGGUGAUGGACAAAUCACCCGCGCUGAAUUGCUCCGGUUGUUGCCGUCCUGAUGCGUGAGCGGAGCAGCCGGUGAGGAUAAAAGGAAGGAAAUGCAUAACUUGAAUGAAAGAGCUUUUUUGGGAUGGGGAUAAAAUGAACUCUUUAUACCACGGCUUUGGUUUAUUACUUGUAUUUUCCUGUUUAUUUUUUAUUUUGCGCAAUCUUGGAUGACACGGAAACCACCUGUUGGGACAAUCAGCACUGCAUCCACAGGGAAUAGAGGGAGCACACAGGCUUCUGCAUUGCUUUAGAACCGGGCUGGUUCUAAACAUUUCAGUCAGGUCUCGUGUCUCCAGUCCCACGGUGUCGCAGGAUAUAAGUGUCUGGGAGAGAUUUGACCCCGUUUUCUUUGCUGCCUUUGAGUUUUAUUUGUUAUAGAUUUUAGAUUUGAUCUUUUUGAUAUUGUUCUGGCAGCAUCCUGAGUCGCGCCGUGUAUCCAUUGUCACUUUGCUCUAGGCAAGAGUUGUAUUGUUUUAUAGGCUUUUCAGUAAGGGAAUAAAAUUUAACACAAAAUGCUACAUUUCAGUGGUUUUGUUCCAAAAUAGCAGUUUAAAAUUCCCACGUUCAGUCUUCCACAGAGUAAAUUGGAUUGACAAAGGCCUACCGGGCAUGUGUAGAUUUUAACGACCUGUCAAUUGUUUGUGUUUUAACUACCAUUAAAGAGAACGUAUCAGUGACUUUCAAUUUAACUCUCCAGCAGACAUGUUUCAGAUAUUUACCUCUAGGUAAUUCUAUAGAAAUGACCAUGGUUUUCUCAAACAGUCCUGUUAUGUGUCUAGCCUGAUGUCUUCCUACUAGUGCUGCUAUGGACCUAAAGGAAACUUACUUUCAGCCUACAGAGAAACUGUGAAUAUUGAAUGUGGUAGAUUAUUGCUACUUUAACUUUGAAGCAUUCCAUUACUAACUCGACAUGCACUGGUAACUGAUGCCUUACUUAUCUUUUUGAAAAAGGAGUGCGUUUUUAUGUAAUGCCUGAAUGUUUACAUUGUUACCAGAGUGUUUUUAACUUUUCUACUGACUUGUAUCUCCAUUUUCUAGAAUGAAUUCUCUUGUAUGUAAAUGCUGCCAUAUUCUAGUUACUGUAUGUAGCAUUAAUGUAAAUAAUGUAAACAUUUUUAGGCUCUUAUACUAAGAGUCUUGACUUUUUUUUUUUUGUUGAAAAAAAAAAUCUGUUAUGGCAUUCAUGACAAUAUUAAUAAAAAGUACAAAUCCUUUUUUUCCAUUAA